AGGCCCCACCCCUGCCCUUUUGCUUGUAGUGACAGAUUUCCCGCACACCUGUGGCCUUCUGCCAGAAAGAAGGUGGUCUUUGGGAAGAAGCUUCCUGCCUUUGCCACAAUCCCCAUCCACCAGCUGCAGCACGAGAAGAAAUAUGACAUCUACUUUGCAGAUGGAAAGGUGUUUGCAUUGUACAGGCAGCUGCUGCAGCACGAGUGCCCGCGGUGUCCCCAGCUGCUGCCCUUCGGCCUCUUCGGAGACCUGGAGCAGCACAUGCGGAAGCAGCACGAGCUCUUCUGCUGCAAGCUGUGCCUCAAGCACCUCAAGAUUUUCACCUACGAGCGCAAGUGGUACUCGCGCAAGGACCUGGCCCGGCACCGCAUGCAGGGGGACCCGGACGACACGUCCCACCGGGGCCACCCGCUGUGCAAGUUCUGUGACGAGCGCUACCUGGACAACGACGAGCUGCUCAAGCACCUGCGCCGCGACCACUACUUCUGCCACUUCUGCGACGCGGACGGGGCGCAGGACUACUACAGUGACUACACGUACCUGCGCGAGCACUUCCGGGAGAAGCACUUCCUGUGUGAGGAGGGCCGCUGCAGCACGGAGCAGUUCACCCACGCCUUCCGCACGGAGAUCGACCUCAAGGCGCACAAGACGGCCUGCCACAGCCGCAGCCGCGCGGAGGCGCGCCAGAACCGCCAGAUUGACCUGCAGUUCAGCUUCGCGCCGCGGCACUCCCGCCGCAGUGAGGGGGUCGUCAGUGGCGAGGACUACGAGGAGGUGGACAGGUACAGCCGCCAGGGCCGCGCGGGCCGGGCCAGCGGGCGCGGCGCCCAGCAGAGCCGCCGAGGAAGCUGGAGGUACAAGAGGGAAGAAGAGGACCGAGAGGUGGCUGCUGCCAUCCGGGCCUCGGUGGCCGCCCAGCAGCAGGAGGACCCUCGGAGGAGUGAGGGUCGAGAGGAGGGUGGCAGGUCCAAGAAGGAGGAAGCGACAGCCCGGGCCCCUGAGGAGCCCCGAGGCUCCCGACGCCUGCCCCGGCCUCAGGGAGAAGGCCCAGGCCCUAAAGAAACCUCAGCAAACGGGCCUGUGAGUCAGGAAGCCUUCCCGGCCGCAGGCCCCAGCGCCGUGGCCGGCGUUCCCAGCGCCCUCCCGCUGCCCACCCCAAAACUCAAGGAUGAAGACUUCCCCAGUCUCUGUGCCUCCGCUUCCUCCUGCCCCGCAGCAGGCACCCCGGGCACGGUGGGGCUGGCGCUGGCGUACCCCGGCCCCGCGCGGGGCAGGAGCACCUUCCAGGAGGAAGACUUCCCUGCCCUCGUGUCCUCCUCGUCUAAGCCCAGCUCCGGGCCCCCCAGCCUUGCCUCUGCCUGGAACAACAGCUGUAGCAAAAAGGGGGCCCCGCCCCCCCCAGCGGUCCAAGCUGUGGGUGGGGGCGCCCACCUCCCGAGGAAGGCAGGAAAGGGGGGCAGGGGUGGGCGCAAGGGCGGCCCGCCCCCCGUGGAGGCGGAGGAGCGGGGCGGCCUCGCUGCGCCCGAGCGCACUGCGCCCCCCGCCCUGCCGCCGCCCGCGGCCACUCCCAGCACCGUGAAGGUUGGCAGGAAGAAGAAGGUGGGCUCCGAGAAGCUCAAGGCUCCAUCGCCCCCACCGCUACCUCCCAACCGUACCCCAAAGCCCCUUGGGGCAGAGCAGGCCCCUGAAGCCCCUCCAGGCGGAACAGAGGGGCCACCAGUAGGCGUCGUCGUUAAUGGACACACGGAGGGGAUGGUCCUGGCAAAGAGCAUCCCCAAGGAGCCCCCUGGGCUCCCAAGGCCUGUGGGGCCCCUCCCCUGCUCACCCCGCCAAGACUUCCCGGCACUUGGAGGCCCCUGCCCACCCCCGAGGAUGCCUCCCCCGCCAGGCUUCAACACCGCUGUGCUCCUGAAGGGCACACUGCCACCGCCAGGCCUGGUGCCUCCUGCCAGCAAGCCACCACCCGGCUUCUCCAGCCUCCUGCCCGGCUCCCAGACACCCUGUGCCCCCAGCCCCACCACCACCGCCAAAGCACCCAGGCUGCCACCCACAACACCCCAGGCCUACCUGGUGCCCGAGAACUUCCGGGAAAGGAACCUACAGCUCAUCCAGUCCAUCAAAGACUUCCUGCAGAGCGAUGAGGCCCGCUUCAGCAAGUUCAAGAGCCACUCGGGAGAGUUCCGACAGGGGAUGGUCUCUGCAGCACAGUACUAUAAGAGCUGCCGGGACCUGCUCGGGGAGAACUUCCAGAAGAUCUUCAGCGAGCUGCUGGUGCUGCUGCCGGACACGGCCAAACAGCAGGAGCUGCUGUGCGCACACGCCGACUUUCGCAGUCAUGAGAAGCCCGUGGGCGCCAAAGCCAAGAAGAACAAGAGGAGCGCGUGGCAGGCCAGCGCCCCGCAGGCCGGCCUGGACUACUGUGUGUGCCCCACCUGUCAGCAGGUGCUCGCGCAUGGUGACGUCAAGAACCACCAGGCGCUGCAUGCAGCCCGCGACGAUGACUUUCCCUCUCUCCAAGCCAUUGCCAGGAUCAUCACGUAGCUGCUGCUGCCAGUGAGGGCCAGGGCUCGCACCCUGCGUCUACCUCUUCCUCCUCCCAGCUGCCGUGCAGCUAGGCAGGGCUCCCGUGAGGCUGUUGCUCAGGCCCAUUGGCUGGCCAGGCCGCCAGCAGUCACCAGGAAGGGCUGCCGUGUGCCACGUGCACACCCAGAGGUCCCGUCCUCUGCUCAGUAGUGGGCACUGUUGUGUGCUUUUUCGUGUUUUGUAAGGUGCCAGGGGAGGGAAAGAGCAGGGUGCGGGGAUGGGAGCCUGGGGUCAGGCCCAGGGCCCACAGUGGGUGCCUGGCCUCGAGCCCGCAGCCCCAGAGCUCAGAGCCACAGGCCCACUGGUGCUGGAGUCACAGGUUGAGCGUGUUGUGUAAGCAGUUGGCUCUUUGAUAAUUCAGAAUGGUCCAGAUUAAACCAGACACAAAAUUGUGCUACUUGAAGUUGAAUCUUUUUAUGAGACAAGCUGUAUCUGGGGUCUCACAUUGCCUCUGACAUUUUAUAAGACAGUUUAUCUUCAAAUAAAUUUAUUUUGCAGU